GGCAGAACUCGUCGGAGCUCUACGUAAUUGCGUGGAGUCGCUUGAAGGUUUCUAACACCAAUUAAGACUGUUGAAAUCACUGAACUGGUCACUUGUCGUCGGGGCGGUCCGAACUAUGGUGGCGGCUUAUCUCGUCAAGACUGCGUUCUUUAUUGUGCUGGCGUUGAGCGACGCUGUCGGCGUGGAUCUCCUGAAUUUGGACACUUGUCCGACGUCUUGUAAAGAAUGGGUGAAUGGCAUAGCUCCAUAUUUGAAGGGGCAGAAGGGCGAUGUUGGACGACCGGGAAAUCCUGGAAUUCCUGGUGAACAAGGCGCUGGAGGCCCACCUGGAAGAGCAGGAUCUCCAGGAGAUCCAGGCAUUUCUGGAAAUGAUGGCCAUCCAGGGUUUCCUGGCCAACCAGGGCGGGCAGGCUUACCAGGGAGUCGUGGAGACAUGGGACGAAGAGGGCCUACAGGAGAGAAAGGACAGAAAGGAAAGACUGGAGAUAUUUUUCUCGAGUUUCCCACUUGUCGUCAUGAUCAAUAUCUCUCGUAUGAUGGAAAUGCAAUUGAAUGCAUACCAAUAACUGAUUAUUUACCGGCACAACACCAGAGUAAGUGUGACUGCAAAUGUGACUGUCUCAGCAAGGAAGAAAUUGCAUUUGUACGUCGUUUGAUGGCACAAGAAAAGGGGAAACCAGAUGAAAAGGGCACGGUAUCAUUUCCACCUACAAAACCUACAUACUCGAGAAACGGCAGGGGCUCAGCAAAACCAGUUCUUUCUGGAAGAUCGAAAGCAUCUGCUAGUGCAAGUUUUGUUAGUGGCACAAUUGCAAGCAGAAUUGGAACAAAUGAAGUUGUUUCAGCAACAGAACCAGGCUACGUUAGCAAAGUGAAGGAAGAAACGCCCGACCCUUAUACUCCAUCUUGUCCACAUCUUUACGCUCCAACAAGUGGUGCUCUGAUUUGUCUGGAGAUGAUGAAAAAGGGCUACUUGAUUGUAUGUGAUGUCUUGUGUGAGGCUCCAUCUCAUGUUUUUAGUGAAGUGCCAUCAAACCCGUACUUCUGUGGUGCCAACACACACUAUUCAUGGUACAGCGACUGGAGUUCUCCAAAAUUAGCUCUUCGAGUUCCAGUUUGUCAAGCUUCUACAUCGCAAACAAGUAGGUUGAUAGUGUCGCCAGACUACUAUUAUAGAAAGAGCUGUAGCAGCUAUAAACGAAGAGACAUCUCUUCAAUGGCAUCAGACUUUCAUUGGCGUCUUCUCCAGAUUGGCCUGUGUGACAAGAGUCGUUCUUGCAACAUUAGUAAAGUACAACUGAUUUGUUCAACACAGUAAACAAAUGCGACGAGAGACUGUCUGGUGGUCUGUUUGAUGAAAUGCACUUUGAAUUAGUUUCUACACUAAAUUCUUAUGGAGUCAAAUAGAAGCAUAACGCCGCUAUUGGUCGUCUAACUGUGACGUCAUAAUUAUUUUGUAGAGUCUAAAGUUUAAUUCAUGAAUGACUGUAUGACUUCAGGUACGGAGAAAGGUUGGACUUGUAUUAGU